AUCCGCCGUAAAACACAAGAAGACAAAGGUUUCCUCAUGGUGUGCUGUCAGAGUUGUAACCUUGUAGUUCUGUGAAUGUGAGGCUUACAGCUGGACCAACAGUGUGUUUUAGUUGGAAUGAAUGUGUUUAAAGCUUUGUAGAGAAUCUGCGGCCGUGUUYGUCUUUUCGCCCUUCAAAGAUUCUGCAUCACACACACGGAGAGUCGUCCCCAUUACUAGCGUGGGCCCAGCGCGGACAUACACACACAGACUGUGAACUAUGGCCGUCCAGGUGACCGAGUCUGACCAGAUCAAACAGUUCAAAGAGUUUUUGGGGACUUACAACAAAGUAACGGAGAACUGCUUCAUGGACUGUGUCAAAGAUUUCACCACCAGAGAUGUGAAACCUGAGGAGUCCAGCUGCUCUGAGUCCUGCCUGCAGAAGUACCUAAAAAUGACUCAGCGGAUCUCCAUGCGCUUCCAGGAGUACCACAUUCAGCAGAACGAAGCUCUGGCUGCUAAGGCAGGACUGCUGGGGCAGCCUCGCUGAGCUGCUCUCAGACUGAAGGGAAGCAUGGUUAAACUGAUCCUGGUCCAGCAGAACCUCUGUCAUCACAAAAAAACUGAAGACACUUCUGAUGAUGGUGAUGAUGUUGAGGGUGAAACCGAGGCAAAGCUGCCAGUGGAGCCUGAAUCAUCAGUUGCUGAAGCUCAGCAGGACACAGAGUAAAACCCCAGAACAUGAUGUGAAAGCUGGCUUUAAGAUUCUGCAUCUUGUUUACUGAAACGGAGCUUUUAUCCUUUAAUGUGGGGUUUAUAGCUUGUGACUGGAUGCUUUGAUGUUUCUCUGAAAAUAAUAAAGUCCAAGAUUUUA